CCCUGCCGUUAUCCCGGGUCGCUCCAGGUCCUGUCCGAGCGGGAUGGAACACCCAGGGCUGGACAUUCCCACCCAGAGCGGGACAAUCCCACCCCCUGUUGGACAUUCCCACCCAGUCUUGGACAUUCCCAGCCACUGUUGGACAUUCCCAAACACAGUUGGACAUUCCCACCCUCUCCUGGACAUUCCCGACUGUUUUUGGACAUUCCCAAGCUCUGUUGGACAUUCCCACCCAACUCUUGGACAAACCCAACUCUUGGACAAACCCAACUCUUGGACAUUCCCACCCACCCUUGGACAUUCCCACCCACUCUUGGACAAACCCAACUCUUGGACAUUCCCAGUCAUUGCUGGACAUUCCCACCUUCAGAUGGACAUUCCCACCCACUCUUGGACAUUCCCAAGCUCCGUUGGACAAACCCAACUCUUGAACAAACCCAACUCUUGGACAUUCCCACCCACUGCUUGACAUUCCCAACUGUUGUUGGACAUUCCCAAGCUCUGCUGGACAUACCCAACUCUUGGAUGCACCCAACUCUUGGACAAACCCAACUCUUGGAUGCACCCAACUCUUGGACAUUCCCACCCACUGUAGGACAUUCCCAGUCACUCUUGGACAAACCCAACUCGUGGACAUUCCCAAGCCCUGUUGGACAAAAUCAACUCUUGGACUCACCCAACUCUUGGACAUUCCCACCCACUCUUGGACAAACCCAACUCUUGGACAUUCCCACCCACUGCUUGACAUUCCCAACUGUUGUUGGACAUUCCCAAGCUCUGCUGGACACACCCAACUCUUGGACACACCCAACUCUUGGACAAACCCAACUCUUGGCCAUUCCCACCCUCCGUCGAACAUUCCCACCUGCCGUUGCCCAUUCCCGCCCCGUGGCCAUGCCGGCGUUCCCGGGAUAUCCCUGGGGAGUCCUUCCCAUCCCGGUGUGUCCCUGGGAAUUCCCUCCCAUCCCGGUGUGUCCCUGGGGAUUCCCUCCCAUCCCGGUGUGUCCCUGGGAAUUCCCUCCCAUCCCGGUGUGUCCCUGGGGAUUCCCUCCCAUCCCGAUGUGUCCCUGGGGAUUCCCUCCCAUCCCGGGAUGUCCCUGGGGAGUCCCUCCCAUCCCGGUGUAUCCCUGGGAAUUCCCUCCCAUCCCUGGGGAGUCCCUCCCAUCCCGGUGUAUCCCUGGGAAUUCCCUCCCAUCCCGGGGAUUCCCUCCCAUCCCGGUGUGUCCCUGGGGAUUCCCUCCCAUCCCGGUGUGACCCUGGGAAUCCCCUCCCAUCCCGGUGUGUCCCUGGGGAGUCCCUCCCAUCCCUGCGUGUCCCUGGGGAUUCCCUCCCAUCCCGGUGUGACCCUGGGGAUUCCCUCCCAUCCCGGUGUAUCCCUGGGAAUUCCCUCCCAUCCCGGGGAUUCCCUCCCAUCCCGAUGUGUCCCUGGGGAUUCCCUCCCAUCCCGAUGUGUCCCUGGGGAUUCCCUCCCAUCCCGGGAUGUCCCUGGGGAGUCCCUCCCAUCCCGAUGUGUCCCUGGGGAGUCCCUCCCAUCCCGGCGUGUCCCUGGGGAUUCCCUCCCAUCCCGAUGUGUCCCUGGGGAUUCCCUCCCAUCCCGGCGUGUCCCGGCAGGUCCCGAGGAAGGCUCCCUGCGGCUGGUGAACGGUUCGGGGCCGCACGAGGGGCGCGUGGAGAUCCUGCACGGGGGCCGCUGGGGCACCGUCUGCGACGACGGCUGGGACGGCCCCGACGGAGCCGUCGUGUGCCGGGCCCUGGGAUACCCCGGAGCCGACGACGUCUUCCGCAUGGCCCGCUUCGGGCAAGGCUCCGGCAGGAUCUGGAUGGACGACGUUUCCUGCACGGGCUCCGAGGAUUCCCUGGAGCUCUGCAGCUUUUCGGGAUGGGGACGGACCAACUGCGGGCACGCCGAGGACGCGGGGGUCAGGUGUCGGACCCCCUGACAUUUUGGGGUCAGGUGUAGGACCCCCUGAGAUUUUGGGGUCAGGUAUCGGACCCCCCUGAGCUUUUGGGGUCCCC